AGUUUACUCGGAAGAGGAGAGUGAGAGGGGCACAGAAAACCGGGCGCCGCCAUCUUGCUCCGCGGAUACAACACACACAUACACGGAGAUCCGCGAGUCUAUAUAGAAUACACCCGUCGUCUUUGGCCUUUGCCGGGCAACCCGAGGUCAGCAACAGCUUCCAUCGAUCGCGCAGUCACACCCCGCGGUUCUAACCUCAAACUCGGAAAGAGAGCAUUAUAUCGACGGAACCCCGGCUGGGCAUACGUGGGCAGCAGCAGCAGCUAUCUCUGCGUCAAAAGCCGCGCACACGUACAGUCCAUAAACACGCAGAGGCAGCGAGUACGUCGAGUCGAGUCGAGGAGAAAGAGAGAGGGAGCUUGCGCAGGCUCGGUGCGGCAGCGGGCGAUCGAAGCGAGCAGUGGGUGUCAGGCAGUCGAGCCGCCGCUGAGAAAGAGAGGGCCAGUGCUCCAGUAGCAGUCACCCGGAGGAGAGGAUUGUAGUGCGAGCGACGACGCCGACGCCGAGGACGACGACGACGACGACGACAUAGAGGCGCGCCGCCUCUUCCGUCGUGUGUGCCCUUCGUCGCGCGUGUCUAUCCGCAGUGCUCGCACUCUGCGUACCUGCUGCUUCUCUCGCCGCUGCAGUGUGAUCGAGAAUCGCGCGAGUGCAGCCGCCCUCGUACAAGAGUAGUCGUGAGGAAGAAGAGCAGUAGUAACAGAAAGGCGCAAUCAUAGGCAGUAUGGCGGGACAGACGAUAAACGACAGAUUGCUGGCCGCGAGGCACAGCCUCGCCGGCCAGGGCCUUGCCAAGUCCGUCUGCAAGGCCACCACCGAGGAGAUGAUCGGACCUAAGAAGAAGCACUUGGACUACCUCGUCCACUGUACGAACGAGCCAAAUGUGUCGAUUCCACAGCUGGCGAACCUGCUGAUCGAGCGAUCGCAAAACACAAACUGGACGGUAGUGUUCAAAGCUCUAAUCACAGUGCAUCACAUGAUGUGUUACGGGAACGAGAGGUUUACGCAGUACCUCGCUUCCAGCAACAGUACGUUUCAGCUCAGUAAUUUCCUCGACAAAAGCGGCGUACAAGUGGGCGCAGCAGGAGCACGCGUGGGGUACGACAUGUCGCCAUUCAUCAGGAGGUACGCGAAAUACUUAAACGAGAAGGCUCUUUCGUACAGGACUGUCGCUUUUGAUUUCUGCAAGGUUAAACGAGGGAAGGAGGAUGGAACACUGCGCACAAUGAACGCAGAGAAGCUGCUGAAGACGCUGCCGGUGCUGCAGGCCCAGCUCGACUCGCUCCUCGAGUUUGACUGCUCGGCCAACGAUCUCACGAACGGAGUCAUUAACAUGGCUUUUAUGCUCCUCUUCCGAGAUCUCAUUCGGCUCUUCGCCUGCUACAACGACGGCAUCAUUAAUCUCUUAGAAAAAUACUUCGAUAUGAAUAAGAAGCAGUGCCGGGACGCCUUGGACUUGUAUAAAAAAUUCCUCAUAAGGAUGGAUAGAGUAGGGGAAUUCCUGAAAGUUGCGGAGAACGUAGGCAUAGACAAAGGUGACAUUCCAGAUCUCACUAAGGCUCCAAGCAGUUUGCUCGACGCAUUAGAGCAGCAUCUUGCCUCGCUAGAGGGAAGGAAAGGCUCGGCGGCCAACACGCCGACUCAAUCGGCCAGCAGCAAUCGAACGAAUGUAAAGUCGGGAGUGUCCGCCCUAUCUUCCACCAGCACUGCCUUCGGGACAGCGGCGAGCAAUCAGCGGCUUGAACAGACUGGCAACGGGCACAUCGACGAGGCGCUCAGGCAGCAGGCGCUUGCCGAGGAGGAGGCCGUCAUGAAUCAGUACAAGCAGGCUAAAGUUCAAUCUCCGACUGGUGGUCCAAGUACAAAUCCAUUCCUCAGCUCUCCAACCAACAAUGCUAGCCAGCCUAUUGUCGAUCUGUUCGGUGGAGCGCCAGCAACAGAUGGUCAAAAAGCAUCGGACGAUCUUUUGCAACUGGCAGGCAAUCCAUUCGCAGAUAUGUUCGGUGCACCCGCGCAACCUGCUGCGCCGGUACAGCCGGCUCCGGUACAGAAUAAUAUGUGGAUGACCAAUGGUAAUGGUUUCAGCGUGGCACCACCAGCAACUAAUAACUUUGUUACAGAUAAUAACUUCUCAUCUGUCUUUGGCAAUCAGGACCAGCAGGCGGCUGCUGUCCCAGGAGCCGACAUACCGAAUCCCUUCGCCUCCGAUUUCCCAUCCUCGGCUCCCCAAGCCACGGCUGGCUUCGACCAGCAGCAGCAAGCAGCGGCAGCGGCACAGUAUCAGCAACCAGGUGCGGAUAGCCAAACGCAGCCCGGCGCAUCUGGAGACCUGUUCAGUGCCAGCAGUGGUCAGACGGCAGACUUAUUUGGGGCCGACGCGGCAGUGGCACGUGCCCCGGGCGAGGCCGGUGCCGGCGGAUUUCUCGGCGACCAGCAGCAGGCCAACGCGCUCGGCAAGUCCACUGCCACGCCGCCACCCAGACCGCCGCCUCCCACUGCCGGGGGCACGCCGCGCUCGGCCUCGCCGGCCCAGCCCAACAAGAGCGCCUUCGACGAUCUCAACGACAGCAUUAGGAUGGCACUGGGCGGGUCUCCCUCACGUCCGGCUCCUUUGGCUGCUCAGCAGCAGCAACAGCAGCAGCAGCAAGCUCAGCAGAUGCAACAGCAGCAGGGAUUCGCGGUCUUUGAUAUGGGGCAGCAGCCGAUGAUGCCCCAGGGCGGACCGAUGAUCGGCUACGGGGUCGCUCCCUCCCAAGCCCAACUUCCCAUGGGAUACGGAUCCCCGGCUAAGCAGCCGAUGGCAGAUUUUGACGAUUUGGCUGCUAUCCUUAUACCCUUCAGCAGUGUACCUGUAGCUAGUAACAUUUCAGCAGCUGGACAGCCAGUUAACGCCGCGUCCGCGGCUGCAGCCCCCGGCAAGGUGCUCACUGGUGACCUUGACAGCAGUCUCGCCAGUCUAGCCCAGAAUCUCAGCAUCAACAAGAGCGCUCAACAGCAAGUCAAAGGCAUGCAAUGGAAUUCUCCGAAGAAUACUGCGAAAUCCGGUGGAACGACUGGGUGGACGCCUCAGCCAAUGGCAGCCACAACGGGUGCUGGUUAUCGUCCUAUGGGCCAAGGAAUGACGCAACUUCCCGCGGCCACCACUAUGGGCUUCCCUCCCCAGCCUACGCCGCUGGGUAUGCAAAGUAUGUCAAUGGGCAUGCAGGGUAUGCAGGGCGUGAGACCUAUGAUGGGGGCGCCUGGCGCGAUGAUGCCCGGCGCGCCGCAGGCCGGACAGCCGGUAAUGCCCGGAGCACCGAUACAGCAGCAGCCGCAGCCCCAGCAGCCACCCCAAGGCAACCAAGUGCAGCUUGAUCCCUUCGGUGCACUCUGAGCUGGCUAGGAAUUCAAUUGGAAGUAAGGAUGGGACGAAGCACCAAUUUUUGUAAAUACUGUGUAAUAAUGCCUAUAUUACCGAGAUGUGUAACGCCCUGGCUUCUUUUACUUUCCUCCGUCUAUUUUCGCUUCUCGGACUUUCGCUCACCCGUAGCGCGACGAAACAAGAGCAUGUAUACAAAGAACCAUACUUCUCUUUCGUUACCGGAUCAGCGAGAAACUGCGUGAAGGACUGCUGGAGAAUAAAACGCCGGGCCGAGAUAACUUCGAGGCUUUUCACGAGCAUCGGCAACGAACAUCACACGGCUUUAUUUGAGCAGCGUAUACGAGAAAUGAAAAAUGUUACAUGGUCCUUAUAUGUCUACAAAGGUUACUAUAAUAGAUGACGGCUGAUAAUUAGUUUUUCUUUGCCGAAGAAAAAAUUAUGAUGCUAGGAACGCAAUUAAUUGUGUUUGAAUUGUACAUUUGCUUUAUUAUUACUUUUUUCAUUUAUUUUUAUCAAUAUUAUUAUUAAUAGGUAUAUAAUAUUAUCAAUAUUAUUAUAUCAUUGCGAUUUAUUAAUAAUAUUAUUGUCAUGAUGAUUAUUAUUGUAUGCGAUCGACGGGUGAGAGAGACGCGUUUACCGAGAUAUUCUUUGUUGAAGUAUUAAAUAUAAUGUAAUAUCUAAAGUGUUAGCGUAUGAAUAAGAGCGAAGGCGCAUAUGAAUAAACAAUUGAAAGGUCGACCAAGUUCUACGGCGACAAUGACGUUAAAAAAAUAUAAAAAACAAUUAUUGUGUGGUUUCCGUCUCCUCGUUAACCGUUCUAUCAUUGUACUGUUUAAAUAUAUCUUAAUUAGGUAGUUAAUUACAUCACGUAAACGAGUAUAUAAGAGAAACACACUGAUACUCUUAUGUAUGUGUAUAAAUAUGAUAUAUUUUAAUGAUUCCGAACUAUCAUCGUCGUACCCAAAGAGCGAAACGUUCUCCCAUGUCAUCAAUAAACUAGAAACCAUACGUGAUUCCAAAUUUAUUUGUAUUUGGUUUUUCGUGUCGUGUUGUAGUAAUACUUUGCUACACUGCUUUCAAUCCGUUUGUCUUACUAGAAUUUAUUUAUUGUUUUUUUUUUUUGUAUUUUAAACAAAUACGCUUGAUUUAUCUGCAAGCUUUGUGCAUGUAGAGCACUGUUGUUACAAUAAACAUGGCAUAUUUUGUGAUUUGGCAAAAUAUAGCUUCAAAAGUGGUACAUUGUGUUUCUAUUAAUGAUUUAGAUUAUAUAUUACGAAAACAAAAAAUAAAUCAUGAAAAGUUUGUGAUAUUUUAAAUGAAUAAUUUUGUCUUUAAACGCGGAGAAAAGUAGUAGUCCUUGAAAGGAAUUCGUAGUUCUAUCUAAUGAUUAUUUAACAUGAUGCAUCAUUGUUUUCUCAGAGUGCGACGUUAAACAAUCACGAAGUUAAAUUAUGUUAAUUUAAGUUGAAUUGGCUCUGGGAAUUCGCAAUAUUCUUCUUUCGUCGUGUGUAUUGUUUUAUUUUCUUUUUCAAAAAAACAAAAAUCUAUACGUACUAUAGUAACAUUGUUGAAAAAUGUUUGUGUGUAGCAUGCUAGUGUCAUCGUAUGUUUGUGUUAUUUUCGUUGGAUCGACUAAAGCAUCGUAGAAAUUCAUGACUCGAAAACGAUAGUUUUAUUUGAAACAGAGUAAUUGUAUCAAUACCUUAUUUAUUAAAAAAGAAGAACUCCGAUUUUAGGACGAAUACCUAUAUCUAUGCUUUAUAAAUAGCUUUGUAAAAUAUUUAAUUCAAAUAAUUUAUUAUGUAUGCAAAUAUUUUUAAUCCGUUUUGAAAUAACAAAAAUAUCGACAUUCGGGAAUAAAGGACAUCGCUUAUGGUCAAUGCCUAAUAACAAAAUGAAAAAUCAGUGUACGAAAUUGACCUGACUGUGGAGUGCAAUUCGAGUAUAUAAUGCGUAUAUGUAUAUGGAUGCAACUUGCGAGCAUUUAAAAAGUGAAACUUUUACGAAGUAUAUACAUAUUUAUUAAAAUUUGAUUUUCGUAUUCAUCAUGUAUAUUAUUUUUUAUUCUUUUUUUUUAUCAUCUAUUAUCUUGUAACAUGCAAUAAUUUUUCGCACCUGCACGGAGUUACUGUAAUAAACAAAAAGUGGGUGGAAAAAAAAAAAUAUAUAUAUAUAAAUGCGAGAAAGAGAGUAAGAGUGGCGUCGUUGGGAAAGCGUAGAGUUCCUUAGCAGAAACAAAUAGAACGUGGCUGUACGUGGGACUGUACUGUAAAUUUUAAAUAUAUAAAUAUAUAUAUACAUAAAAUAUAGCUUAAAAUCAUGGAGUUAUCAGUUAGGUAUGACAUGUUUUAGCGUACCUAAGAGAAGCAGGCACAAACAUUUCAAUAAGACGGUGUGUAUGUAUAUAUAUAUAUAUAUAUAUAUAUCGUCCAUUUUGAAACUGACACUUUUAUUAUGUAGUCAUCAUUAAAUUAUUAUUUUGAUUUCUAUUAUUAAUCAUUGUUUUUCUGAGAAUUUAUAUUACAGCUCACGCAAGGUAAAUCGUUUUGUAUUAUCUACGAAGAAUUUAUCGUUCCGUUUGAAGAAUCGAAAAAUUGAGCAUGAAAUUUUUCAGUUAGUUGAUCUGUAAAAGUGUCGAUAAUAUUUUGUAUACAGUUAUGUUUAUUUGUACAAAUAUGUUACUUUUUUAUUAUCAUUUCCGUAGCUGCUACUCUAUUGUGUACCCAUUUAUAUUAGAGAAAUUUCGAUUUUCUAAGCAUGUACAGGUGAAGAUGUGAACAUAUUUUUUGUAAAACUGAGGAAAAUUUUCUAAUUGAAUUCUACAUGCAUGAAAUAUUGUCAUAUAUGAUAUCAAGACAAAUAACAAAAUUUUCCUUAGUGAUCCGAUCGUUUAUGUAGAGUAAUCACUAUGCAACAUCGAAGAUAUGAUUAUGUAAAUAAAUAAAAAGCAAAAGUAAAUUUA